GGGGACUGUAAACCAGCCCUGGGGCUGCUGAACCUUUGGAGUUUGAUAUGAUGAUUAGGGAAUAACCGGAGUGACACGUCGCAAACUCUCCAUAAUCAAGGAGACCUUAUUCCCCAGCGGUGAUCUCCAAAAUUUCUCAGAGCUUUUAUAGAGACCUAAAAUAAAUGAGGGCAUUCAAUGGAGAUGGGAAAAUCAAAUGAAGCGAUGCUCUGAUUUAAGUGAGCACCCCUAAUUAACCUGAUUUUUUGCUGAUAAUCACUCACAAUGGAAUCAAAUCACAAAUCCGGGGAUGGAUUGACCGGCACACAGAAAGAAGCCGCCCUCCGUGCAUUAAUUCAGCGAACGGGAUAUAAUUUGAUCCAGGAAAAUGGGCAGAGGAAAUAUGGGGGCCCACCACCUGGCUGGGAUGGCCCUCCGCCGGAAAGGGGGUGUGAGAUCUUUAUUGGAAAACUUCCCCGAGACCUCUUUGAAGAUGAACUUAUACCACUGUGUGAAAAAAUUGGGAAAAUCUACGAAAUGAGAAUGAUGAUGGACUUUAAUGGCAACAACAGGGGCUAUGCCUUUGUGACCUUCUCAAAUAAACAGGAGGCAAAGAAUGCAAUAAAACAACUGAAUAAUUAUGAAAUUAGGAAUGGGCGCCUCCUUGGAGUCUGUGCCAGUGUGGACAACUGCCGCCUGUUUGUGGGGGGGAUCCCCAAAACGAAGAAGAGGGAGGAAAUCUUAGCAGAGAUGAAGAAAGUCACGGACGGAGUUGUGGACGUCAUUGUCUACCCUAGCGCAGCUGAUAAAACCAAAAACCGGGGUUUUGCUUUUGUUGAAUAUGAAAGCCAUCGGGCAGCAGCCAUGGCCAGGAGAAAAUUGCUCCCAGGAAGGAUCCAGUUGUGGGGACACCCUAUCGCUGUUGACUGGGCAGAACCAGAAGUGGAGGUGGAUGAAGACACCAUGUCGUCGGUAAAAAUUCUUUACGUGAGGAACCUCAUGCUCUCGACCACUGAAGAGACCAUAGAAAAGGAGUUCAACAACAUCAAACCAGGUGCGGUAGAGAGAGUAAAGAAAAUUAGAGACUACGCCUUUGUGCACUUCAAUAAAAGAGAAUAUGCGGUGGAAGCUAUGAAAGCCUUGAAUGGGAAGGUGCUGGAUGGGUCCCCGAUUGAGGUGACAUUAGCCAAACCCGUUGACAAGGACAGCUACGUCAGAUACACCCGGGGCACAGGCGGCAGAGGUACCAUGCUGCAAGGAGAAUACACCUACGCCUUCGGACAUGUGUACGACCCCGCCACUGCCUACCUGGGUGCCCCAGUUUUCUACGCACCCCAAGCCUACGCAGCUAUUCCCAACCUCCACUUCCCUGCCACCAAGGGGCUCAGCAACAGGAGCAUCAUCCGGCCCCCGUCCAUCCGAGAAAUUUACAUGAAUGUACCUGUAGGGGCUGCGGGAGUUAGAGGACUGGGAGGUCGUGGCUACCUGGCGUACACGGGCCUGGGGCGCGGAUACCAGCUCAAAGGAGAAAAGAGGGGAGAGGAUAAACUCUACGACCUCUUGCCAGGAAUGGAGCUCACGCCGAUGAACCACGUCACGCUAAAGCCCCAAGGGAUCAAACUCGCUCCUCAGAUCUUAGAAGAAAUCUGCCAGAAAAACAACUGGGGACAACCUGUUUACCAGCUCCACUCUGCAAUUGGCCAAGACCAAAGACAGCUCUUCCUGUACAAAAUCACCAUCCCUGCCCUUGCCAGCCAGAAUCCCACCAUACAUCCCUUCACGCCACCUAAGCUCAGUGCCUAUAUCGAUGAAGCCAAAACCUACGCAGCAGAAUACACCCUUCAGACGCUCGGGAUUCCCACGGAAGGAGCAGAGGUGCCUCCUGCAGCCCCAGCUUUUCCAGGAUAUACCAUUGCUAACGCAGCUGCGACGGUUGCAGCCACCCAGCUCAAACAAGCCGUGACUAUGGGACAAGAUCUAGCGACGUACGCAGCCUACGAAGCCUACCCCGCCUUCGCCGUCGCUGCACGCAGCGAUGGCUACGGAGCGUUUUAAUCCUGUCUUUAAUCAGGUUCCCUUAAAUGGAGCACAGGCAGGAAGGAAAAAAAAAAAUCUGUCUGGUAAUUCUUACACCCUCGUGAUUUUAACUGAAUCUGUCGCCAAAGGUUAGAUUUUAGUCGGAGUUUCAGUCUUGUAGUUCUUUAGUUUCGUAAGAGGAUACUAGGGGGAGAAAGGAGAAAUAAAAAAAAAAAAAUUACUCAAAAUCAGACUUUCACGCUAGAAAGCAAAAUCUCAGACCAGAAAAUAAGUUGUUCUCAGGUGUGUGUAUAUACAUACAUACAUACAUAUAUAUAUGUAUAUAUACAUACACACCAUUGUGUGUGUGUUUACAAGCACCAACCUGUGCUGAAAGCAGUUGGUCCCGUGGACCCUGUGACACGGGACCGGGGAGGGAUGGAGUGUCCUGUGUGUCAGGAGUUCUCCUCCGUUCACCCCAAAAUCUCUCGAGCCAGGCAGAGCAGCGGGUAAAAUGAAAGGUCGCCCUUUGGUCUCCGGUUUGCCUCUUACUACCUCCCAGCAUCCCGUGCCACCAGCGCCGUGGGGAUGUGGUUCAGGCAUCUCAACCGUCUUUUAAAUCCAUUCUGGCACAGCCAAGGAAAAAAGACAUCUAUCAUAAGCGUGUCUGCCCAGACUAACAGGCUAGUUUGCACGGUCUUGAACGCUGAUUUGAUUUUUAAAGCAGGAGGCAAGCAUUCAGCAGAGUUUUCUCUCUUACUUUGCUACUUCCCAGCCACACCUGCAAGUCGCAAACCAGCAAAUAACGGUGUAUUUUCUCCACCUCCAACCAAA